UGUAAUUUCCCGUUGCUUUCAUUUUACACCAUUCCUCGUUGCCAAAGUCUAAAGAGAAGUAGACGGUUACUUUGGGGUGCUCCAACUUUAUUAUUAGCCCCAUGCCUCGUUUCAUCCACCUCAAAAAGAAGCAAGGUCCAACUUUUUUUCCCUUUUUACGCUUCUACCCCCCAACCACUACUCUCACUUAUCCAUCACGCAAAAUUACGCUUCUACUCCUAUCAAUCUGCGCACUGUGGGUACACAGUGGUCAUUUCGUUUCGUUGCAAACCAUUUUUGAAACGGACGAAAGGGCAUUUUGGUGAUUUCGGUGUUAUAAAGAGAGAGAGAACUAGAGAGAGAGAGAGAGAUUUUAGACAGAGAGGAAGAAGAAGAGAGAAGGUGUAGCCGUUUUUUCUGUUGGUAUAUGAAGGUGGUGAAGAAGCAACAACAAUGGUGUCGGACCAGGAUAUAGCCAAAGGGGUGGAGUCUCUGCUGCGCCACUCAGACCCAAACUCCAUAACAACGGUAAACGGUGUCGUUCAGCAGCUCGAGGCCAAACUAGGGUUAGACCUCUCUCACAAGGCUUCUUUCAUCAGAGACCAGAUCGACCUUCUUCUCCGCUCACAGCAACAGCCAUUUGUUCCUCACCCACCACUCCACAAAGACCAUUUUGCCCUUCACCCCCAACCACACUUCCCAACCACCCACUUUCCUCCCCAUUUUGCCCUUCAUGACGAGAUAAACUUCCAGCAACCACACCCUCCUCCGCCGAGUAAAGCUCACACCUUUACUCAAAAUGCCGACACUGUUACCCCUCUUCAGGUGCCCAAAGAAAGUGUGCAAACUGGAGGCAAGAGAAGAGGUGGUGCAGGUGGUCUAAACAAAGUUUGUGGUGUUUCUCCUGAACUUCAGGCAAUUGUCGGUGAGCCAGCACUGCCUAGAACUGAGAUUGUGAGGCAGCUGUGGGCAUACAUAAGGAAAAACAACCUCCAAGACCCUGGUAACAAAAGAAAGAUAAUUUGUGACGAUGCUCUGCGUUUGGUAUUUGAGACAGACUGCACUGACAUGUUCAAGAUGAAUAAGUUGCUAGCUAAACACAUUAUCCCACUUGGACCUACUAAGGAGUCACAAGCUAAACGAAUGAAGGUGGAUGCUGAAUCUAAAGCUGAAAGUGCUGAACUUGCUUCAUCUACUGUGGUAAUAUCUGAAGCACUCGCCAAAUUUUUGGGAACUGACGGAAGGGAGAUGCAGCAAUCUGAAGCCAUAAGACUUGUUUGGGAGUACAUCAAGCUUCAUCAUUUGGAGGAUCCUUUAAAUGCAAUGGUGAUAUUAUGUGAUACAAAGCUUCAAGAGCUACUUGGAUGUGAAAGCAUUUCUGCUGUAGGAAUGCCCGAGAUGUUAGCACGAAAUCAUCUAUUUAAACAGCCUGACACCUGUUAGUGCUGAUCAAUUAUUGCCAUAUAUAAGGGCAUGAUCCGCAUAGAGCCUUAGUCAUCUGCUUCUGCUUGUUGCUAGAUCAUAUAGGAACCUUUUUACUUAUUCCUGUAACUUCUUUCUUUUAUCUCUUUGUUCAUUGACAUAUUUAAAGUGUAUGUUGUCUGACGGUAUUAGGUUCGUUGUUUAGAAUGACAAUAUAUCUUGGGCUAGGCAAGAAGUAUAUUGUAUUUAAGAUAUGCCCCUUUAGGUUGUUCGUGCAUUUUACUUUAUCAGUUCUCAAUGUCUAACCUCAACUGACUGAAGGAAACUGAACUCGAGUUACUGAUACUUUUGUACAUUGAGACACACCAACUACUUUGAAAUGCACCUUCUUGUUUUACCAAAUUUGUGAAAAAUCUCUUGGCUUUACACACAAUACCCGAUUGCAGGCUUGCAGCUAUUCUUAUGUUUCUCCUUAGACAAGUAAACAAGCUCUACUGUUAUAUUAUUACAUCCUCUUUAUCACUAUUUUAAUGAAAUCGUUUUACUUCAC